CGAUUCUCAAACUCCCUUCAGUGCCAUUCUCACCGUUCCACUGUUUGCAUGGACGACGGUAUUUCACUUUUCACAAGGUGAAGCCCCGUCUCUUCUAACAUCGUGCCUGUAAAACUUUAAUCACCGUCGACUAUGCGAACGCGAUCCCUUUUUCUUACAACCCCCGACCCUACCACCGUUCCCGCUCCAUUCAAUCAAUCAUCCGCGCUCGUAAAUAUUUCCUUUCGGUACGAUGUUUAAAUAGUCUGUGGUGAGGUGUCGGUUCACGAGGUGUACGCUUGAAAUAAGAGGAAAACCACUGAUGGAUAUAGAAAAAUGAUCGACUUCCAUGGGAAUCGACAAGUUGGAUUUCUUCCUGGAUGAAAGGAAAUCCUUUUAACCUGUUUCUUCCGGUGUGCUGUGGAAAAGAUACCACACCUGUCGGAAAAUGAUAAGAUGAAGAUGCAAUCAAUUGUACCUACACUGAUAUAAAAUAUACAUAUACACAAUGUUCUAAAUAUUUUGAAUUUGCAAUUAUAAUUGGUGUUCAUGUAUUUUACAAUCUCUCGUACUAUAUACAAUUUACCAAAAGUAAUGAAUCUUGCCAUUGCGAGAAAAACAAAGCAACUAAAGGAGAUGAAUUUGAUCUACAUUAUUAGUUCUAGAACCGAUGAAUAUAGAAAUGUCAUUUUGUACAAAUUACGAACAUUUUUCGAUUAGAUUUUCUAUCGAUGCAACGUGACGGGGACCAAUGAUAUAAAAGACUGUCGUACGAAAUGAUAUCCGUCUACACGAAAAUGAAAAUUCUAGAGGAGUAACGGGAGAAAUGUAGAGAAGCGGUGGGAAAUUCGUAGUAAAAUUUCAUGCUGUAGAGAAAUUUGCCGAGUUGUUGGAUCGAAUGAGAAAGAAAAAGGCGGGAGUACAUCGUUCUUCGCAAGCAUCAACGUUGAAGAAUGUAAUUCACAUCGAGUCGCGAGGAAUAGAGAGUCAAGGAAGCGUGCAUCUUCCGCUCGAACCUCCACGCAGUACGAGUUUACUGGAUAAAAAGCCAGGCAGAGGGAAAAAGCAAAAUGCCAGGGGGUACUUCGACGCGAGAAAGCAGCGAGGCGAUACGGAUGGAGCCUUUAGGUAGAACCUCCAGCUCUCGGAGCCCUGGACAGAACGGAACCGCCAACACUACCGAGGUGCCGAUAAACUCAGGAGACAGCAACACAGGAUUGCACAAACGUAGUAUUUACGAGCACAAUGGAAUUGUGUGUUCUCAAAAAAGGGCUCUCUGCGUAGCCACGGUCGUUUUUGCGAUCCUUUUCGCCAUAUCACUCAUCAUUGCCUUCGCGGGACCACAGAAUGACUGCCCUUGCGCUGGAGAAAAGCCAGCGAACCUGGAAAUCGAGGACGAUGAAAAAAGCAGCGAACCUCUUGCAACUAACGGAGAGGUAUUUCCUUGGAACAAUGUAAGAUUACCAACAUUUGCGCAUCCUACUAGGUACAACAUUACCAUCCAUCCAAAUCUUACCACUUUAGAUGUAAAAGGACAGGUCACAAUCGAAUUCUAUGUCGAUAAAGAGACCAACUAUAUCGUCUUCCAUAGCAAAAAUUUGACAAUAAAUGAAAAAAUGGUUCAAGAUCGUAAAGGUCACAGAUUGAAAAUCGCAAAAUUGCUGGAGUAUCCGAAACAUCAGCAACUAUAUCUAGAAUUGGAGGAGAGCAAAUUUCGAAAAAGAGGAAAUUAUACGGUACACCUCAGGUUCAUUUCAAAGCUCACGAGUGAACUCGAAGGAUUCUACCUUAGCAGCUAUGUCACGCCAGAAGGAGAAAAGAGGUUUCUUGCUACGACUCACUUUGAGCCGACGUAUGCACGCUCAGCGUUUCCGUGUUUCGACGAGCCGCAAUUCAAAGCAAAAUUUAAAGUUUCAAUAUUCAGGGAUAGAUUUCAUAUUGCAUUGUGCAAUAUGCCUGUAAUGAAUACCGAAGAUGCGGGAUUUUAUAUGGGAACAGGAUUGCUCCGCGAUGACUUCCAAGAAUCUGUGGAGAUGUCAACAUAUUUAGUGGCGUUCGUGGUUUGCGAUUUUAAGCGAGUUUCCGAGUUAACUAAAAGAAAUGUUUCCGUGAGCGUUUACGCGGCAGAAGCGAUGCUACCGCAAGCAAAGUAUGCGGUAACCACAGCUGCUCGUACAAUGGACUAUUUCGAAUCUUUUUUCGGAGUACAUUAUCCAUUGCCCAAACAAGAUUUAAUAGCUAUUCCUGAUUUUGCUGCCGGUGCAAUGGAGAACUGGGGCCUAAUUACGUACCGAGAAACAUCUAUACUUUACGAUCCACAAGAAACAUCGACUAACGCUCACGAAUGGGUUGCUGUAGUUAUAGCACACGAAUUAGCCCAUCAAUGGUUCGGCAAUCUUGUCACUAUGAAAUGGUGGAAUGAUCUAUGGUUGAACGAAGGAGCAGCCAGUUUUUUCGAAUACAAAGGAGUAAAUUAUAUAUCACCGGAAUGGAGCAUGAUGGAUCAAUUUAUUUUAGAUAAAACACAACCGGCACUCGAUCUUGAUGCCUUAGCUAGCAGCCAUCCUAUAAGCGUGCCCGUUAAAGACCCUAACGAGAUAGAAGCUAUAUUCGAUGAUAUCAGUUACAGUAAGGGUGCUUCCAUUCUCAACAUGCUCGAGGGCUUUCUAUGUGAAGAUGUUCUUAAAAGUGGAUUAAAUGAUUACUUGACUUCCCAUUCAUACGGAAAUGCAGACACAAAUGACCUCUGGGCAGCGUUCACGAAACAUGCUAAUAAUUCAUUUGACGUGAAAGUUAUUAUGGACACAUGGACCCAACAGAUGGGUUUCCCAUUGAUUACAAUCACUCGUGAUAAGAACACUAUCACGGCGACCCAGAAGAGAUUUCUAAUUUCACCAAAAGAAAACGAUACAGAAGUAUCACAACCAAAGUCACCUUAUGACUACAAGUGGUACGUCCCGUUGAGCUACUACACAGACAAAGAACCGCGCAAGCUUCACAACGUAUGGAUGAAUUUAACUGAUGUAACUUUUGAAAUACCGAGCGACGUCGAGUAUAUAAAAUGUAAUGUGAAUCAAAGUGGAUUUUAUCGGGUAACUUAUCCAGAAGAAAUGUGGAUAUCAAUCAUUACCACCUUGUUAAAUGAUCAUACGAAAUUCAGUCCAGCUGAUCGUGCUAAUCUUAUCGAUGAUGCAUUUACCCUAUGCGAAGCAGGCGAAUUAAACGCUACGAUACCGCUCGACUUAUCUUUGUAUCUUUUGAAUGAAAGGGAUUACGUGCCGUGGGUUACAGCACUGGGAUAUUUACACUCCUGGAAGGGAAGGCUGAGCGAAAGUACCGGAUACAAAAAGUAUAUUACAUUUUUGAAAAAAUUAUUAACACCGGUUAUAAAAUAUGUCGGUUGGACAGACGAAGGAUCUCAUUUGAAAAAAUUAUUAAGAAUUGCGGUACUUCAAUCAGCUGUGUCUAUAAAGUUAGAAGAUGUCGUUAAACCAGCAAAAACUCUCUUCGAAGAUUGGAUGUUAAGAGGCAAACGAAUUGCACCUAAUAUACGAGAUGUUGUAUACGUUGCAGGAAUAAAAUUUGGCGGUGAAAAAGAGUGGAAUCAUUGUUGGCAGAAUUAUCAACAAACUCAGGUACCCAGUGAGAAAAGAAUAAUGCUGCAAGCCCUGGGAGCGACAACAGAUCAUUGGUUACUGCAACGUUACCUUUUACGUUCGUUGGAUCGAGAAAUGGUGAGGUCACAAGACGUUGAAACUGUUAUAGCCUCUGUCGCUACCAAUUCCGAGGGUCAAUUCCUUGCGUGGCGUCAUCUUAAAGCAUAUUGGCCACAAAUACAUGCUUUAUUUGGAAAUGGUUCGCUCACAAUGGGGGGAUUGAUAUCGGUCGUGAUUUCGGAUUUCUUCACGGAAUACGAUUAUUACGAGGUGUCGGAGUUCUUCAAGAAAGUAGACGUCGGAAGUGGUCGACGAGCAUUGGAACAGAGCCUAGAAACAAUCAAAUUUAAUAUACAUUGGGUGAAAGAAAACGCGGAAGCCGUCGAUCAAUGGCUUGUAAACUAUUUGAACGUUCACACGAGUUAACCUUUUGCUCGUCAGGAAUGGGACAAGAACGAUGCGAAGUUGUCAUUCAAUCAUUCAGUGACAGUGCUGAUUUUUUUUAUGGUCGUCAUCGAUACUUGAUAUCCUCGUGGUCGACGCCUAUGGAAAAGUAAGGUCUUUGUUACUAUUCACCUACCAAUCGAAUCAUUUCUUCACUAUUUAAGAUAUAAUUCGCAGAUCAAAAAAACGACCCAUAUUCAUCGUACUAGUCAAAAGAUUAUUUUCACCGAACGAAAAAAAGAAAAGAAUGUUUCAAUAUCUGCUGAAAAAAAUCUUCUGACAAAUUGUAACAGAGCCGAAUUGUUUAUAUGUAACACAUUAUACACCGAUUUAUACGCACUUUCGAAAGUAUUUAUUUAUUAUACACGCGGCGCGUGUAGAUUGGAUUUUACUAUGUAUAAAAAGAGGAAAAAAAAAAUAUGAAACUAUAGUGACGAAAGAGGCAACGUUGUUCCUAGGGUAGUCGCUAACCCAGUAUUUUCCAAAAAAAAAAAAAAAA